AUGGAACACAUUCUCAUCAUGCUAGUUUUGAUCCUGAUCGCAACAACGCAGAUAAUUUUGGCGAAUCCCAUUGACAACGACAUUUUCUCUAUAACUUCUGAUUUGUCGUUCGAAACAAUGAACGGUACAGCCACUAUAAAUUCUAUUUUGUCGUCUCAAUCAUCCGACAAUACUCGCGCUACAAAUCCAAUCUUCGAGUCCGCAUCAUACGAUGAUAUGUCGACUGCAAAUUCUAUCCCUGUGUCUCAAUUGCAAGAUGCUAUUUUCAUUGCAAGUUCUACCUCCGAGUCUGAAUCAUCAGAAGAUAUUGACGCAGCAAGUUCUGCCAUUGCGACACAAUCAGUGAACAAUAAAAACACCAUUGGCGAUACAUAUAACCAAGCUACAGAUGUAUCUGUACAGCCACUGGCGGGUAGAAACUUUCCUGUUUUCCCUUUGAUGAUUGUUGGUUGCGCGUUUAUCGGGCUAGUUGGUGUUUUGGUAGGGAUAACAAUCGUUCGCAAAAAGAAUGAAUCGACGAAAUCAGCUCCAUCUACAUAA